AUGCAACCAAGAACACGAAUUCCCGAGUUUGCAGAAUUAGAAAACUAUAAAAAUCUUGGGCUAUUGACCCAGAUGCAACUCGAUUUACUCUAUCGAAGAGUAAAUGGCGAGUCUUAUCAACAAAUACGGAAUGUUUACUCAAUUUCAAAGACGACAGUAGCACGCGCAAUCAUGCGCACUGCUACUUGUCGUUCAUGGACAAAAGGUCAGUCAGGGGGUGGUAUGACCCUUUUGUCACUACCAGAUGAAAUGCAGUUCAAAAAACUUGUUCAAGAGAUGGCAGACGACUUGAACUGUAUUACAACAUCAAUGGCCAUUGCUGUCUGUACGGAAUUACAAAAUAGGAGAUUAAAAUUUGCGGCGCGGGUACUAAUCGCUGCAAGAUGCCCGCAUCUUCUAGCGAAGCUCGAUGAUUACUGCCCAUCGCCAUUCCGUGGCUGGCUUAAUCAUAUCGCCACAAGAUUGUCAAUUCGGAUUGUGAGCUCCCAAACUAUUGAUAUGCUCCGACGCUCUACCUGUGACGCAAACCAUAUUCGCCAAUUUUUCCUCUCCAAGCAUAGAGAGAGGGUCAAAGUUGCUAUUUGUCACUUUUCCACAAGAAUAUAA